GCGUGUGAAAAACGAGGUAUCAUUCGCAGGCGACGAGCCAGUCCGAUCAGAGCUCUCUCCGCGGCAAGAAGAUCCGACGAUGCUCCUCAGCCGGGCCGAGCAGCAGCGCAGAAGCAGUCGCUACGAAGUGAGCGAAGAAGGCUACGAGAGCGUCAAGUCGCCCGUGGCGCCACCGCUCGAAGACGGCGCGCUGCGGCCGGGCGGCCCGCCUGUCUACACGAGCGCGCCGGUCGUGGGCCUCCUCGCGCAGUACGUGUGCGUCGGGCUGCUCUACGGCGCGCUCCCGAGCCUCUCAUACCCGCUCUUCACGGCGUACUUUCGCCUCAGCGGCGCGCGCUUCAACGCAAUGACCGCGCUCCUCUCGAUCGGGUGGUCGCUCAAGGUCUUUGUGGGCAUGCUCUCGGACUGCGUGCCCAUUUGCGGCUACCGGCGCAAGUCGUGGAUGAUGAUCGGCUGGACACUUUGCCUCGGCUGCAUGCUUGCGCUCGCCUUCCAGAACCACGGCCCACCCUACAUUGACAACCCAAACCUCGCGCGGCGCGACGUCCAAACGCUCACGCCGGCGGAGAAAGCCGCGUACGUGCAUCCCGAUGCGCAGCGCCGAGGCUCGAUGAUGGCCAUCAUCUUUGGCCUCGCCACAUUCUGCUACAUCAUUGCCGACGUGCCGUCCGACGCGCUCGUGGUCGAACUCGCCCAGCGCGAGCCCGAGGCCACGCGUGGGCGCAUGCAGUCGUUGGUGUACACGACGCGGACGGUCGCGUCGGUGAUUGCUCAAAUCGUCAUUGGUGUCGCGCUCAACUCGCCGGCGUACGGCGGCACGUUCUCGUGGGACAUGGGUCUCCGGACGCUCUUUGUGCUCCUGGCGCUGCCGUGCGCGGCCAUGGUGCCGAUCACGUACUUUUUCAUUGUCGACACACCGCUGCCGCGCGUCCCAUUUCGCGACUACUUGGAUCAGUUUUGGCGGCUCCUCAUCCAGCGCGCGACGUGGCAGGUCAUGCUCUUCAACUUUUUCUUCAACCUCUUUGCGUCCGGCAUCACGUCGACGGCCGCACCGUACGUCAAGCUCACGUGGGCCGGCGUCGAGAACAUCAACAUUCAGCUCAUGACGAUCUUGAGCAACUUGCUCUUUGCCGGCGCGCUCGCAGCGACCGGGCGCUGGGGCACCCAGUGGAACUGGCGGCUUGUCAUUGUGACAACGACGCUUCUCAUGAACGCGAUCGACGCCGUCGUCCAGUACCUCACCAUCUACAAUGGCAUUCGGAACCAGUGGUUCUACCUCGGCGUGCCUUUGGCCGAGCAACUCCCCUACGCAAUGCAAUUCAUCGUGACCACGUUUGUCAUUGUCGAGCUCGCCGAAGUCGGCAACGAAGCCGUGACGUACGGGCUUCUCACGACGGUCAACAAUCUCCCCACCGCGUUUGGCCCGCUCCUCGCCAACAUCAUUUUCAAGGCGUUUGACGUCUCGAAAGAAGCGAUCGCGGCCGACUCGGACGCGACGCGCAAUCAAGUCGCAGCGACGUACGCUAUCUACUAUGGCACGACUGUCGUUGCGUGCUUCUGGGUCGUGCUGCUCCCACCGCAAAAGGAGGCUGUGUACGAUCUGAAGGCCUACGGCGGGUACCAGCCACUCGUUGGCGGCCUCGUCGCGGCCGGUAUGGCGGCGUCGCUUGUCUUUUCGGUCGUCGUGAGCGUGCUCUCAAUGUUUGAUGAAACAUCUUGCUUGGUCGUCGCCGGUGGCUCGGGCUGUCCGUAGUCGUCGUAUUGGACGCUAGAACCUACUGCUAAUUGCACAGCUUUAUAUAUACAAGUGUACACACCAUUGUGUGUGGAAGAAUAUG